AUGGCGGUGGCAGCGUGGCGGACUGGAAUGACCAGGCUGAAUCGAACAAGAGAUUUCGCUCCGUUGCGUCUGGAGCGAUGGAAGUCUGCGGACGAUACGAAGAAUUCGCUCCGUGGUGUCCGAAGCGAUGGAACUCUCUGGAUGCCAUGGAGACUUCGCUCAUUGGCGUCCGGAGCAAUUGAAGUCACCGGACACCAUGCCUUCCGGAGUGAUGGAAGGCAAAUGAGAAGUAAUGUAGCCUUUCUUGUAUAUGUUGAUGAAAUUGCAAGUAACAUGAUUAGUUGUUACUUGAAUCACUCUGGCCGUCACGGCGACUUUACUUUGUGGCGCCCGGAGACUUCACUGUACAUGUACAUAUACAAAGAGGAUACGGUAGCAGAUGAUAAUGUUUCUUAUAAUUUUCAUACUUGCAAAAACAAAACCCAGAACAACCUCUUCACCAGCACAAUCGACACUGAUAUUCAGGUGAAUCUCAUGGAUGGCAAUAAUUGGAGGGCGAACUCGGGUCAGGCGCAGGUCCCAGGUCAGGUCAUGGGUGGUGAAGUUCCAGCAGCUCCGGGUAUGGAUGCCGGCGAUUGGAGGACUCAGCUACCAGCCGAUUCCAGGCAGAGGAUUGUAAACAAGAUAAUGGAGACCUUGAAGAGACAUCUUCCUUUCUCUGGACAAGAGGGACUUCAGGAACUCAAGAAAAUAGCUGUAAGAUUUGAGGAAAAAACUUAUACUGGUGCAACAAGUCAGUCGGAUUACUUGAGAAAGAUAUCUUUGAAGAUGCUGACAAUGGAGACAAAAUCACAGAACCCCAUGGCAAAUUCUCUUCAGUCCAGUGCUCCAAGUAAUAGUAAAAAUCCACAAGACCCAGCUUCACAAAGCAUGCAAUCCCAAAUGCCAAAUCAGGGACAGCCAUUAUCUAUUCCAAUGGUGCCUAAUCAAUCUCAAGUGCGACAACAGCUGUUAUCCCAAAGUAUUCAGAAUAAUAUGCCAUCAACAGGAGUGCCAAAUUCUGCUAGUUUGACACCUGCACUUCCCCCUGUUGGUGGCGUGUCUCAGGCUACCAUGCCUAAUGUUGUUGGUCAGAAUCCCAACAUGCAGAACUUACAAAACAUAUCUAAUGUAGCUCCAAAUGUAAUGGGAAAUUCCAUGGGGCAAGGGGUGCCUUCCAAUAUGUUUGUCAAUACCCAGAGAUCAAUUCAAGGAAGGCAACAACCGGCUGUGCCCCAAGAGCAACAACAGCAGUCCCAGAAUUCACAGCAAUAUCUUUACAAUCAGCAAUUGCAACAACACCGUAUGAAGCAAAAGUUCCAGCAGGGAAAUAUCUCACAAUCCCUUAUGCAGUCUCAGAUCCAGCAACAGCAGCAGCAGCAGCAGCAGCAGCAACAUAAUUUAUUGCAACCAACUCAGAUCCAAUCCUCCCAGCAGGCUGUUAUGCAACCUUCUUUGAGGCAGCAGGCCACUUCAUCUAGUCUUCAGCAAAAUCAGCAGUCAUCUAUUCAUCAAUCAACUCAACCUAUACUUCAGCAACAAUCGCAAUCACUCCUCAGGCAACAACAGUCUCAACAGUCUUCCCUCAUUCAUCAGCAACAAACAUCGAUGUCACAGCACUCAAUACUACCUACACAACAGCAACAACAACUUAGUGGGCAGCAGCCAAAUGCUACAAGCAUGCAACAGAAUCAGCUAAUCGGGCAACAAAAUAACAUUCUUGAUGCGCAGCAUCAGCAACAGCAUCAACAAAGGAUGGUGAGCCAGCAGAAUAAUCAUUCCAACCUGCAACAGCAGCAGACAAUUGGUCAGCAAAACCUUCCUAACAUACAUCAACAGCAGUCCAUAGCUCAGCAGAAUAGUCUCCCAAACGUGCAUCAGCAGCAGUUAGGCCCUCAAACUAAUGUUUCUGGGUUCCAGCAGCAGCAAAUGGUUGGAAUUCAACCUGGUAAUUCUGGCCUGCAGAAUAAUCAGCAAUCUGUUCAUAUGGUACAGCAAUCUAAGGUAGCAGUACAGCAACAAAUGCAGCAGAAUAUGGCAAACUUGUUGCCUACCCAAGCUCAACAGUCACAGUUUCAGCCACCACAGCAGCAGAUGAUGUCACAGAUCCAAUCACAACCAGGUCAAAUGCAACACCAAUUGGGUUUGCAACAGCAGGCUAAUUCGUUACAAAAAGACAUGCACCAAAGGAUUCAAACAUCUGGUCCCUUGCUUCAACAACACGUUUCACUUGAUCAACAAAAGCAACUGGUGCAGUCUCAAAGACCCAUUGCAGAGGCGUCAUUAUGUGAGUUUUUGAUGUUCAAAUUUUACAGUAUUUAUUCUUUGUUGCUUGACUUGAAUUUCCUUUCUCUUAUUAUGAGUUCUGAAGUAUGCCUUUAA